AUGAGUAAAAGAAAAAAUGAUGACAAAGAGACAGAAGAUAUUGAUCAUAAAGAUAAGAUAAAAAAGGAUAAAAAGAAAGAAGAAAAAGAACUAAAGAAAGAAAAAAAGAAAGAGAAAAAGGAUAAAAAGACCUCUUCUAAAGAUGAAGAAAAAGACUACGAUCAACUAAAGAAAGAAAGAAAGAAAGAAAGAAAGGAAAAGAAAGACUCUGAAUCAAAAAAAGACACCAAACAUAAGAAGAAAAAGUUAAAGAAUGAUGAUGAUAAUGAUGAUAGUGAUGAUAAUAAUAACAAAUCAACUAAAGAUAUAAAACAACAACAACAACAACAACAACAAGAAAAUACUAUUAGUAAUGAUAAAAUUAUUGGUAAUAGUAAACAAGUAAAUGUUGAAGAAAUCAUUCAAAAGAAACCAUGGUUGCAGUUGGUCAAAGAUUUUAAUCAUGUUAUUUGGUCAAACAACGAUGACACUCCUACCAUUGUUGUCAUAUACGAUGAAAAGGAAACAUCACGUUUCUUAUCAAUCAUAUCAUCAAUCUAUCAUCAAGAAAAUAAGAUUGUCGAAACACAACAACCAAAAAUAGUUUCAUUUGGUAAAAAGAAACAAGCCGAAGAACAACAAAUGGCUUUUGUCGCCUCAAAUAUCGUUAUUGGUUUCGAUGUUGAAGGUCAGGAUCCAGUCUAUACUAUUCAAUUAUCUACAUUGACAGUUUGUGCUGUCAUUUGUGUGUGUAGAUUCACAAAAGAUGGAACCCUCCCAAAGGAUCUCUCUGUCUUUCUUUCCAGUCGUAUGGUUGUGAAAUGUGGAGUUGGUGUUGGAAAAGAUUUCGAAUAUUUAAAGAAUAGUUUCAAAGAUACUCAUUGUAAUGGUUCAAUGGAUGUUGCAAGUGUUGCUCGUAACAAUGGACUUACAAGAGACUACAUGUCACUUGAUCACAUGUCAAUCGAUCUUUUGGGUUACUCUAAACGAACCUCUGACCAAAAAAUCCCACCCUCCAAGAUGGUACAAGAAAGAAUCAAGAACUUGUCAUUUAUCACUUAUGCGGCAGUAGAUGCAUGGUUGGGACUUAAAAUUGGCAUCAAACUAUAUGAAAAUCUUGUUCAAAAAGGUGAAACCACCAACUGUGUCUCAUUUUAUGAUUGGUCUAAAUCCCAAUUGACAAGCUUUACCUUUUCAAACAAACAACAACAAAAUCAACAAAAUCAACAAGCCGCCCAACAACAACAACCAAAAAAACAAUAUCAUCAAAAAGAAUAUAAAUCUAUAAAGCCAGAAGAUACUUAUUUAAUUUCAAAUCAUAAUAAUAAUUAUAAUCAUAAUUAUAAUAAUAAUAAUAAUAAUAAUAAUAAUAAUAAUAAUAAUAAUAUGCCCAUGACACCAGAAGAAACUUAUAUUGAUAAUAGUAAUAAUAAUAAUAAUAAUAAUAAUAAUAAUAUAAAUUUAAAACAUCAGGCAAUUCAAUAA